AUGACUUCUACCGUUCACGAUCCAAGGCUACUCUACAGCAUCGGCAACAUCCGUGCUUUUCACAUUCAAAAUGGCGAAGAGACAGAGUUGACCCCGUCUGGGCCUCAGACCCUCUCUCUCCUGAUGGUCCCCACCAGAACGUCCUCCCCUGGCAAUUCCCCCUCGACGCCUCCCCCUGAUGCAUCUGCAGAGGAGGACUUUUACCUUCAUCUGCAUCUGCCACCGGAACUGGACCUAGCGCUUCCUGCUACCACCCAGAUCUUCCACCAGUCUCCAGACAGCUACUUGAUCCCUCGCUGGGAUGUGGGCCCUGAUGAUGGCGCAUUCAUUCGCAUCCAAUUUCCGGGUAUCGGUUCAGGUCCGGAUAAGGUCACACAGGAUGAUAUCGAUACCUUUGAGACUAUCCUGGCUCAAUGCACGGCGUUCCUCGAGCGCGCUCCCCCGCCGAGCGAUCAUGCUCCGUAUAAUCCCGCAACUUACGCGCCAGGCGAAGGAUAUGUUGCCCCAUCAGGCUUUGCCCAGGAUGAUGCCCAUGGCCGGAUCGUUCUUGUGGACGAGGAAGAUGGGAGCGUCGUUGGUGAAAUGGAAGGAUAUGAUGUGGUUGAGAAGCCUGGUGUCAAACCUGGCUCGAAGAGACCCGUGGAGAUUGAACUUCCUACUGAGGCCGAGGGUAACCAAGUCAACGUCAGCAAUGUCUCCGAGGAAUACCUGCGGAUGGCUCGUCAUCCGGUUUACAAAGACUCGACGAUCGUUCAGACCUCUGCGACUGCCUCUCGCUUGAUUGUCACCGGAUCUUCCUACCUUGCCAACGCUAUCACGAGCGGCGCAGAAGCUUUCACCAAAAAGACCAAGCCCAACCCUAAACCGAUGACCUUCUCUGACACCACACAUUCUCGGAUCCGAAAGGUCGGUACAUUCUCGCAGGGUGCUGCCGAUCUGUCUGCAAAGACUGUUGGUCAGGUGGGUAAAUACGCCCAGAAUAUCGGCGCCUCCCUGGCCCGCCGCAAGGACAAUGGUACACAGAGGGGUGUCAAUAGGUCCGGGAGCGACUACAAGCCCGGCAUCCUGAACAAGUCGCUGAUUGCGUUCUCGACUUUAACGGAUGGCAUCGAGCAGGGUGCUCGCAACGUAUUGAUCACCGGCUCCAAUGCAGCUAGCACCAUGAUUGGACAUCGCUAUGGCGAGCAGGCUGGUUCGGUGGCCUCCGACCUCACUGGCGGAGUCAAGAAUGUCGGUCUGGUAUAUAUCGACGCCGCAGGUGUCAGCCGCAAAGCUGUGCUGAAGUCUGUUGCGAGGGGCAUGGUCGUCGGCCGUAUGCGCAACGGGCAGCAGGUCCUCGUUGGCACGGGCGACGGCGGUGAUGUCCCCGCUGGAGUAGCUGGCCCAAGUCAGGCAUAUGGGCGUGAGCCGGUUGUAAGACGUCAGUCUCCCAGCUCGACCCCUCCACCCGCAUACGGUGCACCAGGCACUACUUCAUUGAGCGGUAUGUCUAUGUCGGGGGGCAAGCGUUGA